CUCAUUGCAGUCUACAACUUCCUUGUGAGGGGAAGAGGAGAGGCAGGCAUUGAUCUCUUCUCUGUGGAGACCAGUGACAGGACCCGAGGGAAUGGCUUGAAAUUGUGCCAGGGGAAUAUUAGCUUCAAUAUUAGGAAAAGGUUUUUCACCCAGACGGUGGUUGGGCAUUAGAACAGACUCCCCAGGGAAGUGGUCACAGCACCAAGCCUGACAGAGUUCAAGAAGCAUUUGGACAAUGCUGUCCAGGACGUGGUGUGAUUUUGGGGACUGUCCUGGGGCAGGGCCGGGAGCUGAAAGCGGAUGAUGCCUGCCAGCCCCUUCGCACCGGGCUCUUCUGUGCCUCAAGCCCCGCCCGUGGUGCGCUCACUGCGGCAGCGCAGGCGCGGCGCCAGCCCCGGCCCGGAAGUGCAGCGGAGGCGGCGGCGAGCGGCACCUCCUUUAAUAUUCAUAAUUAAAAUGGCAAAAACAACUGAUCCUUCUGAGAAACUGAUCAUCCAUUCCAAAGCUCACAAAGAUACCAUUCUAGCUAAUUUUGAGGAACAAAGAAAAAAGGAUUUUCUUUGUGACAUUACUCUGAUAGUGGAGGAUGUGCAAUUCAGAGCCCAUAAAGCUUUGCUGGCUGCCAGCAGUGAAUAUUUCUCAAUGAUGUUUGUAAAUGAGGGUGAAAUAGGGCAGUCAAUUUACAUGUUGGAGGGAAUGGUUGCAGACACCUUUGGAGUUCUGCUAGAAUUUAUCUACACUGGUUGCCUCUGUGCCAGUGAGAAGAGUACAGAACAAAUCCUGGCUACUGCACAGCUGCUGAAAGUGACUGACUUGGUAUGGGCCUGUACAGACUACCUGGAAAGCCGCAGCCCAGGCAGUGUAUUGCCAGCUCCAGCUGAAAGUGGAGCCUCUGUUUUUGCAAGUGACAGGAAAAAUUACGAUCCACCAAAGCGAAAACGAGGGCGACCAAGGAAAAUCAAGGUUGUCCAAGAAGAAGAAGAAGAAGAAGAAUCGGGAGCAAAUUCUGCCGAAGAUGGGCAGCUGAGAGAGAACAACUCCAUGCAAAAUGAGCAAAAUUAUAUGAAAGAAGACACUGAAGUAGAAGAAACAGUUGCCAGUGAACAGGCUUCAGUGACAAAAGAUGGAGAAGAAACUGAACCUGCUUGUGGCUCAGAGGCUGCUCUUGAUCUGUCAGCUGAGAAAGAUGAAAACUACGAUCCCAAAUCUGAAGAAAUACAGAGCACUCAGAGCCGUUACAGCAAACGCAGAAUAAGGAGAUCAAUCAAACUAAAAGAUUAUAAACUUCUUGGGGAUGAGGAUGAGAAAGGACUGGCAAACAGAACUGAUGGAAAAAGAAAACGUGUGGGUUCUGAAGCUCGUUGUAAAGACUGUGGCAAAGUAUUUAAGUGUAAUCACUUCUUGGCUGUUCAUCAGCGAAGCCAUACAGGGGAGCGUCCUUUUAAAUGCAGUGAGUGUGGGAAAGGUUUCUCCCAGAAACAUUCUCUUCAAGUCCAUGAGCGGAUGCACACCGGGGAGCGGCCAUACACGUGCACCAUCUGCAGUAAGGCUCUGACAACCAAGCAUUCUCUUCUGGAGCACAUGAGCCUACAUUCAGGGCAGAAGGCUUUUACCUGUGAUCAGUGUGGGAAAUACUUCAGCCAGAAGAGACAGCUCAAGAGUCACUAUCGACUACACACAGGCCGUUCGCUGCCGGAAUGUAACCUGUGUCGUCGCAAAUUCAUGGAUGCGGCGCAGCUAAAGAAACACCUAAGAACACAUACAGGUGAGAAGCCCUUCACUUGUGAGAUUUGUGGCAAAUCAUUUACAGCUAAAAGUUCACUUCAGACUCACAUUAGAAUUCACAGAGGAGAAAAGCCAUAUUCUUGUGAUAUAUGUGGAAAAUCCUUCUCUGAUUCCAGUGCUAAGAGAAGACACUGUAUCUUACACACAGGCAAAAAGCCUUUCGCCUGCCCAGAAUGUAAUUUGCAGUUUGCCCGUCUGGACAACCUGAAGUCUCAUUUGAAAAUUCACAGCAAGGAGAAGCAGUUUCAGGAAGCCGGCGCCGCCUCGAGCACCAGCGUUCAUCCGGAAGAAGUGAGAAGUAUUCUCCAGCUGCAGCAGUACCAGCUUGCCACCUCGGGAGGGCAGGAAAUUCAGCUGCUGGUUACAGAUGCAGUACACAACAUCAACUUCAUGCCCAGCCACAAUCAAGGCAUCAGUAUUGUGACUGCAGAAAAUGCCCCCAGCAUGACGACAGAGCAGGCUGCGAACCUCGCGCUCCUUGCGCAGCCACCACAGCAGCUGCAAAACUUACUGCUUUCAGCUCAGCAGGAGCAAGCAGAACAAAUCCAAAGUAUCAAUGUGAUUGCAAACCAAAUAGAGGCUGCCCAGCCUGAACAAAUGCAUGUCAUCACUCUUUCCAAGGAAGCGCUAGAACAUCUCCAUGCUCAUCAAGGACAAAGUGAACAAAUCCACUUGGCGGGAUCUUCACAUCCAGCUCAGCACGUGCAGCUGCCUCACGAAUCAAGUCAGCAGUCUCACUCUAGCCAUGAUACAGUCCCUUCCCAGCAAGUCAGUGAAGAACAGAAUCAAAGUGUACUUGUUUCUGAAUCUCAUCAGCAGCCUCUGUCAGUAAAUGAGUCAUCUCAUGAGCAUCCUAUCCAAGGACAGGCUUUCUGAAAUGCUUGUUUGUCAGCAGAGGGCUAGGCCAGACAAUGCUUCUCAUCCAGGCAGGGAUUACAUGUGUCACACUUUUUUUUGCAGCGUAAGCUAGCCAAAGAUGCAUUUCUUGGUGAUUUUGGAUGGAUGACUCAGUUUUCCUUAACCAUAUUUAUUUUAGACUAUUUUGUUUUUCUGGAUCGGUAUUUCUUUACCACUUAGUCCAUACCUCCCAAGCAAUUAAUGUGCCUCAUAUAUAUCUCUGCCUCCUGAGGAGAUAUUUAGCCCGUAUUUGCAUGUCCAUGUGACUCUCCAGAGAAAUUCACCUUGCUGGUAGGAGAACAGUGUUUAGGACAUCUGCUGAUCACAAAGUACCACUUCUCUGACAAACUUAACAUUAUACCUGAGCUACUGUCAAGCUUAAGACAACCAGUACUUUUAGCAAAGCUAACACCAUAUGUCUUAUGUUUAACGAGCUUUCUCUCUGCAGGUUAAUGUAUAAUUCUCUAUGUAAUCAUUCCCUGAAGUGCAUUAUGAGUUACUGACUACCAAAUUCAUUUGGUUUGGGUUGAAACUGUUACAGCCUUUAACUGGCCCUGAAUCUUCCCUCCUGUUUACUGUGUGCUGUACACAUUUUGCUCCUCAGAAAUGUUUAAGCCAUUGCACUUGAGUAGUGGCAAUGAGAUGUGAUGAUUACACUGGAGAACUGAAACCCCCAAAGUUCUGCUCUGUUAGUUCUGCCACUCACUGUGUGACAGUGAGCAAGGUAGUUGACCUCUGUGCCUUAUUUCGUCAUCUGGUAAGUGGGGAUAGUGUUCACACACUCUGCCAAGCACUUUGAAGAGCCCUUGAUGUUGAAGGCACUGUCUAUUGAAGUGCAGGAUUCUCUUCCUGACAGGAUUCUGUCUAAGCUUAGGAGCCACUGUAUAUUUAAAGUGUUAUUUUUUUUACUUUUGAGAGAAGAAGGUAAUCUUACUUUAAUAUAUGUUAAGACUGGUAAUUGUUUAUGUGAGGAUUCAAACAAUGAAGAGUGUCACUUCAGAGCAUAAGAAGUUACAUAAAUGGGGCACAUCACUUAAAGUUGUACAACUAUUUUUGUUGAAUUAGAUGUGUACAGAUUGUUUUCAAUGACUGACUGCUAACAAAAAAGAUUUGACAUUGUAAUAAAAUGUCUUGCCAAAAUACUGCUUUCUGUUUUCAGGUUUGACUACUGGUAACACCUUUACAUGGUUGGACUGGCAUGUUAAAAUCCAGAUAAAAUACCACUGUUAGUUAAAAGAACAUGCUCAAUUGUCAGUUCAGCUUUUAAAUGUCAUACUUAUGAUUUACAUUGAAGUUUUAUAUUAUAACAAACAAAAAAUUCUAAAAAAUGUGGUGAAUUUAAAAGCAAAAUUAUCCACUUUUUUAAUAAAAUCCCGUGUUCCAAAUCCAGACUACUUGGCCUGCUCCUGAUUGCAUGCUGCAGAAGUUUGGCUAAGUAUCUCUGUGUCUUCAAACUGCUUAAUCACUUUUAUAUAAAUGGAUCAUGGUAAGGGUAGACAAUGGGAAUAAAUCAACAUGAAAAACUCCCACCAAAUCCAAAAAGUAACAAGCCAUCCCAUAGCAAAGGUGUUUAGGCUUUUCACAUUUCCUCUCAGAAUGGAGAAGUAGAAUUUGCAUACUUUCUGCCACCAAAGUGAACCAGCACAUUCUGUAGUUCUGCCUGAGAAGCUUGAAGUCUUGGUGUUGUAAGAGCAGAUAAAUAAAUAUAGUAAAGCCUGUUACAGCACUUACAUCAAUCUUGCUGAUUAAUUGUAUAAGCUUACAGUAAAUAUUCAGUUUCAUCCUGAAACUUCUGCAUUUAUCUAAAACAUUGUACAGGGCAGCCAGACUACUGACUGGUCAGAAGUUUACAAGAACUUGCACAGAAUUCAUUGCCAUAUAUUUAUGAAUCCUGAAAUGCUUAGAAACAGGUUACAAGCUAAAUUCUGAGGCUACCAGUAAAGGAACUGUUCAAUACUUUCCUUCUUUUUUGAACUUUGUUUUGUUCGUUAUGCAGUUUUACUUGCAGGAUUCAGUUCCAUGCUGCAGUUAAACACAGGAUACUCCACACAGUGAUUUCUCAGUGUUUUCCCUGUAAUGAAAAACCCUGAAGUUUGGGGUUCAGAAUUCUGUUUUGCUUUUCUGCAGAUUAUGAGGAAGAAGAAGAAACGAGCUGCUGUGAAUAGCAGGGCAAUGACUAAUCCUGCACCCCGCAUUGCUUAAGCUGUCAGCACAUAUUGUAGCUUGCACUCAAGAAGCUGGCGUGGCUUCUCAUAUCACAAAUGUUGCUUUUUGGACACCAUUUGCUUCCUUUCUCAUGAAUGCAUUUCUGUUAAAAGAUGAAAAUGAAUCCUUUUUCUGUGUGUGCAUUUUUAAGGCUACAGCUUAAGUCUAGAAUUGCUUUGAAUUUGAAAGGAAACCCCUUCAGCUUUGUUUUUCAGUCCAGCUGCCACUAAUAAGGAUGUAGGGGGAAAAUGCAUCCCUUAGAAACUGUUUCAGAACAGCUCUCUAAGUAUCUUUACUCCUUAGCCAGUAAACACCUUCUCUUUUUCUCACAUAGACUAAUCCUAGCAAAUCCAUCUCGCUGCUUUCUAUGUUAAAAUGAGAUUAAGGUUUUAGACGUAAAUGCAGGGCACUAAGAGGACUACAGAAAGAUCUGGUUUUGUGAGCAUUUAACACCAUAGUGCGUUUCCUCUGCUCAAUUUGUAAGUUACCCAGUGUAGUUGAACUCUAAUAGGAUUACACUUUUUUUUUUUUUUUCUAAAUGCAAGUUUAUCAGAUUUUGGCUUUUUCUGAAGAUUUUGGUUGGUUCUCCAGGCGCAAGUUGAAACAAAUCCCCGAGAGGUAGGACAAACACAUUCUGAGCCUGCAUUUGCCUGUUGUGUGUGUAAUUUCCUUGCUUGGCCUUCCAGUCCAGCAUCUUGGGUUUUGAUAAAUGAAUAUCAGGGUAUUUAUUUCAUAUGAGCUGUAAAAGUAAAUUACCUUGCCAAUAGGAAAAGAAAGCACUACUAGGGAUUGUACAGCAAUUUUCUCUUAGCAUCUAAGAGGAAAAGGAGAGGACUCUACCUCAUCACAAACUCUUUCUAAAUGAAUGUCUAUUCACAGGUUAAAAUUAAGGAUAUUGAGCCUGGCAUUGAUCCUGCCAGUUGUUGAAGAAAGAGUUUUGCUUGCAUUUCUUUCUUUGUGAAGGACUCAUUUCAGUGUUGUAGCUGGUUAGUCAUCGUGAUGAAGGUCAUGGUUGGUGUUUGCUAAUACCUGUCCUGGUCUGCUUGUAUGUGGGGUUUUUUCAGUCUUUUCCCACUUCACCUUAACUGUGAAAGCUAGUGUGGGAUUCAUUCCUAAGCACCAACCCAGUGUGAACACAGCAGCUGGGUACGCUUCCUGUCUCCCCAUGUCUUCCAACUGUGCACAGACCGUGUCCCUGCCAGUGUCCUGUGUAAGUAUCCUUAUCCCAGAGAAGCCGAGCCUGAGCUGGGAGUGGCUGGGAGGAGGCCGGUUUGCACAGCAGGCGUGUCCCGGAGCACGGCAGCACCCAAGGGCCCUUCCUGGGCACGCUUAUCUUCCCAAGGGCACAAGUCCAUCUGUGCAGGCCUUCCUCCCACUCCUGCACUGCAGGUUCUUGCCAGGAGCAGACAAGGGAGAGGGAAUGCCAUACUCUCCAGAGCUAUGAUUUCAGGACCUCUUCUACUUAUUUAUUUGACACUAAUCAGAGUCUGCUUCUUGCAGCUGCAGUCCCAUGAGCUACAACUGUUCUCUGUGUUCUAUCCCUUUUCAGAUCCUCUGUAAAACAUGGUGAACAAUAAAUGGUUUUCCACAGCAGAGAGACUACUGAUUGUAUCUGUCCCAAGCAAUUCUUCCAAAUGGAAAAACCCAUCCAGGCAUAUUCUCAGCAUCUCACUGUAGUAUGCUUACUGCUCAUUUCUGGCUAAUAUUUUAAUCCUACCUAAUUGAAAGUAUCUUUGGAGUAGCAGGAAGCAGACUUUUGCUUUAGUUAGCAAACUUCCUACCCUGUCAUGCAAAUUUUUCUGACGUGAGGAAGAACUUUGCUGUGUGAGUGACUGAGUGUACUGCAACACAUUGCCCAGAGAAGUUGUGGAGUCUCCCUCCCUGGAGAUACUCAAGAAUUGCCUGGACACAAUCCUGUGCCAUGUGCUCUGGGAUGACCCUACUUGAACAGGGAGGUUGGACCAGAUGACCCACUGUGGUCCCUUUCUACCUGACCCAUUCUGUGAUUCUGUGAUUUUACUGGCCCUUCACCAAGAUGUCUCUUGGUGACCCAUAGCAGCUCUCCUUCAGUACCAUCAUGUGGGAGUCUCUCUCAAAUAUAUAAGUAUACAGAUAUAUUUGUGUGUGUGCGUGUAUGUAUAAUUUUUUUUUAUUAACUUUGC